AUGAGGACUGCGGUCCUGUGGGGCCUGCUGGCCCUGCUGUGUCAGCACACACUGGUUAGCAGUCACAUACUGGGUAGGCCUUCUUCUACCAGUGACCUGACUCAGCUCAAGUCUUUACUGGAGCGCUUUGAGGAGAAUCUGGCUGAAGCAGUCCAGGACGAGGACUCUGAGGCUGAUUACGAAGGGACAAAGCAACAGCCUGAUAACCGCCAGGCCAGCCGGGGGUGGAACCUGGACCAGGAGGACGACCAACAAGCUUUGGUGUCAGAAAGAUCUCAAUUACCAGCUGAGGGCUACAGCAGGAGCCAGAGUGAGAGGAACCGUCUGCAGAACCUGCUGUUGACUGCCAGGAAACGGGCUUCUGGCUGCUUUGGAGCCCGGAUGGAUCGAAUAGGAAAUGCCAGUGGUCUGGGAUGCAACAAUGGAAGAGGGUAGUCUGACAGCUUCCUGGGACACAUGUUGGAUUCUAGUUUGAUUUCCAACUGAGGACACAUCUAAAUAGAUUGCAUAUGUUUGAUUUUGCAUUAGUCACAGUUCAACUGUGUAUUGUAUGUAUUUCUCUGUUUGAA